GAACAGGCACGACAAAAUAAUAAUAAUUAUUUGCCUCGCCUUCUGAAGGAUAGUCGCAGGCUAGUAUAGUGCGAGCCACACUGAGACAGACUAAUCAGUCGUAACCAUUUUCACUCCUGCACUGACACUGUGCGUGCACGUCGUUAGUAGUGCUAGUGUACAGGUUUCACAUGUUCACGAGGAAGCGCCCGGAAACUCGGGCGUGAAAUUCGAAAGCUCCUCCAGCCGGAAAAUCUCACGCCAAGUCGUGAUACUGAUACUACAGUGAUAGUCACAUUCUCCUUGAAGGAAGGCGCAGGGUGUAUGAUUGAUACUGAUAGUGAUAGAGUUGUCCCUGGACAUUACCAUGAUGAGGUGUCUGGGGCAAAUACAGGUGUCGACGAUGUCGUGAGCUCCGCUGUGCAAUAUCUCGCAGUCUGUGAUCUAAUGAGCAGCGAUCAGCGCUGCAGCUAGCUCUUCGCCAGCCUGCCACGUUGGUGUCCGAAAAAGAAAGCAAGUGGUGCUUUUCCGUUGUUGGCCUCAGCUGUACUCGCGGUGUCGGCACUCAUCGCUGUGACGGACGGAAAGUUUAGUUUUGACGAGUGCCAGUAAAGGAAGAACGGUGUUUGACUGCAGUUUCUGGCGUCCGGUACUGUAUCUGUUGCUGAUGAGCGUUGGUGAGCGCACUCGGCGUUCAUCCGUGCGUGUUGGACAUGGGCGCAGCUGUCCGCUACUAAGUAGUUACGCAAGUGGCGGUGUGCGUGGCAGCGUGAUGUUUGGCCGAGACUUACUCUCCACCGCGUCAGUAGCGCUGGUGCUGGUGCUGGUACUUCUCGUAAGUGGUGGCAAUCGGCAAUGUCAAGCAUUCGAUAUCUGCAUGAACCAGACAUUCUUCAGAGUGUUGGAGUUAGGAAUACCCAACUUUGGAGUGCUGGCCCUUGCGGACGAAGAAGAUGUCUGUGCAGAUUGGACGGAUCGGCAAGGUGGUGUUCAGUUUCUCGAUGCCACGCAAGAGCUGUACCUGUUUGGACAGAAGUCUCAGCUACUAUCCACUGUUCAGCCAUUGCUCUAUCUACAUACAUAUCCAAUGGAGGAGGUACGUUACAACGUGACAUGGUCGGCUUUCCACCCACGUGAUGUAGAUAAUGGCCUGGCUCUUGUGUAUCAGAAGUCUCCCUGGUCUGGUUAUCUAGGCCCUGACCAAUAUCUCAACCUGAGUCUUGCAUUCAGCUGCACAGCAACUGACAAGCAGCAUUUCACACAGAUCUUCCUGACUUAUAACAUCACCACCAACAACACCGCCACCAACAACCCGCCAACCCACGUGUCCUUCUAUCUCUUCUUCCAGUUCAUCUGCAAUGAUACCAAUAACAUUGAUAAGAGAUACUUCUUUGAAGUGCCGUUUGUCCAUCCUGUUAUUUCCUUCUCACCUCAGCAUCUUCACCGCACGGAGCUGUUGGCCGUGAUGGCUGUGCUGGCAGUGCUGGUGCUGCUGGCAGUGCUGGCUAUUGUCUACUUUGAGUGCUGCUUUCGCCAACGUUGGCUGGACAAGCACAUGAAGGAUACGACUGGCAAAGAUUCGGGUAUGAGAAGUGGAGCACAGGCCAUCAGUGAGGAAGGCCAGUCAGUGGGAUCAGUUCCAUUCGAAGGUCUACAGCUGCACCCAGACGAUAUCAUCCUCGGACAGGAGAUUGGAAAAGGUGCCUUUGGUGUGGUGUUUGAGGGUUAUCUUCACGGAGAGAGAGUGGCGGUGAAAACACUGAAGUGUGGAAGUGAUAUAUCCAGCAAACAGCUGUACCGGUUCCUGGAAGAGGCACACGUGAUGGCGCAAUUCCAGCACCCAAACAUCCUCAACCUGGUUGGCAUCUGCUUGGAAUCAGCCGCACCUCAAAUAGUUGUGCCGUACAUGCAGAAUGGUGAUUUGCACUCCUACUUGAAGCUGUUCAACCCAAUAUUCUCACCAGGAGCAGUGGAACUCCGCUUUGAGCAGCUUUUUGAGUUUGCUCUGCAAGUCGCCCUCGGCAUGUCCUACCUCGGCAAGCGUAACUUUGUUCACAGGGAUUUGGCUGCCAGAAACUGCAUGCUGAAUUCUGAUAUGGUUGUCAAAGUCGGCGACUUUGGGCUGGGCCGUGAUGUUCAGGAUGAGUCCUAUUACAAAGUCAGCACAGAGUUCAUGCUACCAGUCAAGUGGAUGGCACUGGAGAGCUUGCAGUACUACAAGUUCACCACACAGAGUGACGUGUGGUCGUAUGGCAUUGUCCUCUGGGAGCUGAUGAGUCUUGGCCAAGUGCCCUAUGCUGGUGUAGCCAACCAUGAGAUCCUGGAACACUUGUCCGAAGGCAAUCGCCUUGUGCAGCCCAAGAGCUGUCCGGAUCGAGUGUAUAGUUUGAUGCUGAACUGCUGGGCGGGCGAUGCCCUUGAUCGUCCGCUCUUCUCGCAGAUCCUGGCCGCGCUGCGUUCCAUUGACCAGUCUACAUAUGAUCUAAUGCUGUGUAAGCCGCUGUAUCUUCACCAUCCGCCUGAGUCUAUUGACAUGAUCAGCCACACCAGUGAUGUGUCUGUACCACUCACAAGACUUCCAACCGCCGCAGGCAAAGGCUCCAGUAGUAUUGGUGGAAGUGAGGCAUCGACUCCAAUGACAGAAAGUGCGUUGGGUCGCACUGCACAUACUCUUGCCGCAGCUGUAUCCAGCAGCACUGCAGCCACAUUCAAGGUGUGCUCACCACCCGCCAAGCCACAAGUGGAUGAGGCUUCCAGGACAGCCUGAAUAGCCGGUGACAUGCGCGAGUUUCCGAGAGGCUCGUGUCAGUUAUGCCGCUUCUGCUGGCGCAUGGUUAGAUCUCUACUGCCGAUGUCCCUGGACUGAUGUGACAUGACUGAUGUCACAUGACUGAUGUCACAUGACUGUUGUCACAUAACUGAUGUCGCAUGACUGUUUGCUGCACGGGGAGAAAUGCUGGCCGAUCUACUAGUACUUAACUUGUCCCGUAUAUCACAAUGUGCUGCAAAGGUAGAAAUGCUGGAUGAUCAGCUCACCUAGUAAAGCUUUGCCCACUAGUCCUCAAGUAAGUUCAAGCACGGUUACGUUUUGAAUAGAAUUGAUAAUUUGAUAACCAUCAUGCACCUGCUGUACUGUAAGUAGGGCUUAGCCAUUUGCAGCUCUUUUUGUUGUUGUAAAAGUGCCUCCCAUUGAUGUACAUGUAUAUACGCACUGUCUACAGAAAGUACUGAUUUUGCCAUACAUGUAUCAGUGAUAAAAGGAUCUCGCCAUACACAGUUGCAUGGUAACAUGUUGAUGUUUCUACCGUAUCUUUCCAGGAACUUCUCUUUCAGGCAGCCUGCACUUUGUCCAUCUCCGAACAAAUCCAUGCAAUUGUAUGCAUUCUCCGUGCAUGACCGUAAGCAUACUUGUGCACAUGCAUGAAUGCAGAGCAAUAUUCACUGGCCUCACAUGCUCAAUCCCGAGUUGUCGAUCCAUAUGGCAAAGA